UGGAACGGAAGAAUAAAAUCGGAUCGGCGAAGAAGGAAAGGAGGAAAAGACCAAGCAGUCAUGGUAUCGACAAGGCGAAGCGGUUCGCUAUCGACUAAUACUAGCAAGAGAUCUUCGUCUGCAGAUGAGAAACCCUCGUCACCGAAGCGACAAAAGGUUGAAAACGUUGCCGUAGCUGAGAAAUCUUCACAGACGUCGGGAUCUUCGGAUUAUUCGAAGGAAUUGUGCUCGUCUCCGGCGUCAGACCCUGUAGAAUGUAUUCCAAUAGACCCUCCGAUCUCUAGCAGCGGUGCCGGUGAUGCUGUGGAUUCUAUUAAGGGGGAGAAAGGUGAAGACGGCACCGCUCCGGCCGUUCCUGUAGUAUCGCCGAUCGCUGAAGGUUCUUCGGCGCUUGUGGUGGACAAGGCAAGGAGUCCGUUCUCUUCAUGGGGCGCUUAUCAGAAGCAGAAUCCGAAUAUUGACUCUUCGACUCCUUGGUGCAAGCUUCUGUCGCAGUUCUCUCAGAAUCCACAUGUUCCCAUUUGUAAACCUGUUUUCACUAUCGGUUCAAACAGAAACUGCAACUUCUCUAUAAAGGACCAAAACAUCAGUGCGUAUUUAUGCAAGAUCAAGCAUACACAGCAUGAUGGCCGUGUUGUUGCUGUGCUCGAAAGCACAGGGAGCAAGGGGUCUUUGCAAAUAAAUGGGAAGAUUGUCAAGAAAAACUCCAGCAGCGUCCUUAGCUCUGGGGAUGAAGUGAUAUUCAGUUCUGCAGGGAACCAUGCUUAUAUUUUUCAGCAACUCACAGCUGAGGCUGCAGUUAAGUUACCUUCAGCAGUUGGGCUUGCAGAGGCUCAAAGCAAUUUGGGUAAAGGGUUACACCUUGAAAGAAGGUCUGGGGAUCCUUCAGCUGUCGCUGGAGCCUCUAUACUGGCAUCUCUAUCAAACCUCGGACAAGAUUUAUCACUUUUGAUGCCUCCAGUGAAAAAUACUAGUGAAGGCCAACAAGGUACUGAAAUUCCUGUUUGUUCUCUUGCUCGAGAUGGGCCAGAAAUGGACCUUGAUGGUCCAGAGAGGAAAGGUAAUUCUGAUCCAAGUGCAGGGAGUGAUAAAACUGUUGAGGUUGGAACAGCCAGCCAAAGCCUUCGUGUGGACAACAAUCAAGAAUCUGGCGUGGGGUCGGAUGUUGUAAAACUUUUGGGGGUUAAUGAUUCAUUAAGGCCUUUCUUGCGGAUGUUGGCUGGUUCAAGUAGUUGCGACCUGGAAUUGAGCAAGAAUAUCUUUAAACAGGUAUUAGAAGACAGAAAGGAGUGGUCAAGGGAUUCACAGCAAACGUCAAUGCCUGGUGUUUCUUCCAAAUGUGCAGCAUUCAAAGAAGAUAUUCAAGCUGGUAUUCUUGAUGGAAAAGAAUUACAAGUUUCUUUUGACAGUUUUCCUUACUAUUUGAGUGAGAACACCAAAAACGUCCUGAUUAGUGCAGUAUUUAUACACCUGAAACGAAAAGAAUAUGCAAAAUAUACAUCUGAACUUCCUACUGUGAGCCCAAGAAUUUUGCUAUCUGGUCCUGCAGGUUCUGAGAUAUAUCAGGAGAUGUUGUCAAAGGCACUUGCCAAUCACUUUGGGGCUAAAUUGCUUAUAUUUGAUAGUCAUUCAUUUCUUGGGGUUCUGUCUUCAAAGGAAGUGGAGCUUCUGAAAGAUGGAUUACGAGCAGAAAAAUCCUGUGUCUGUUCGAAGCCCCGUCCAGGGCAGACGGAUUUGGUUAAAACCAUUAUUCCUUCUGGUGGAGAGUCAGAUGCACCAAUCCCUGCAGAUGUGCCUUCUUGUGCUCUGGAAUCUCAACCAAAGCUAGAGACAAGCACCACGCCUGCAUCCUCUGGGACAUCUAAGAAUCAUCUUUUCAAGAUGGGUGACAGAGUGAGAUUUGUGGGUAUGGUCCCUGGUAGCACGUAUCCAUCAGCCCCAGCUCCUUCAAGGGGCCCAACAUAUGGAUUUCGUGGAAAAGUUCUCUUGCCUUUCGAAGAUAAUAUGUUGUCCAAAAUUGGUGUAAGGUUUGAUAAACCUAUUCCUGAAGGUGUUGACCUUGGAGGCUUAUGUGAAGGAAGUCAUGGAUUCUUUUGCAAUGCCAAUGAUCUUCGUCUGGAGACCCCAGGUGUGGAGGAUUUGGACAAAUUACUCAUCAAUACAUUGUUUGAGGUUGUAUCCAGUGAAAGCAGAAAUUCUCCUUUCAUUUUGUUUAUGAAAGAUGUUGAGAAGUCUAUCGUAGGAAAUUCCGAAUCAUAUUCAGCGUUUAAGAGCCGGCUGGAAAAGCUAACUGAUAAUGUUGUCAUCAUUGGCUCACACACCCAAACUGAUAAUCGUAAGGAAAAGUCACAUCCUGGAGGUCUUCUUUUCACAAAAUUUGGAAGCAAUCAGACUGCCCUGCUUGAUUUUGCAUUCCCGGAUAGUUUUGGGAGACUGCAUGACAGAGGCAAAGAAGUCCCAAAAACAACAAAGCUGUUGACAAAGCUUUUCCCAAAUAAAGUCAUGAUACAUGUGCCCCAGGAUGAGACCGUCCUUCUAGACUGGAGAAAUCAAUUAGAUCGAGAUGUUGAAACUCUUAAAGCCAAGGGGAAUUUGAGUCACCUUCGUUCUGUCUUGAAUCGCAGUGGAUUGGAGUGUGAUGGACUUGAGACAUUAUGUAUUAAGGACCAAGCACUGACACAUGAAAGUGCGGAGAAGGUUGUUGGGUGGGCUUUAAGUCACCAUCUAAUGCAGCAUUCUGAAGUUGAUCGAGAAGAUACAAAGCUUGUUUUAUCCUGUGAGAGUAUCCAGUAUGGUAUUGGGGUCUUACAGGCUAUACAGAAUGAAUCUAAAAGCUUGAAGAAGUCCCUAAAGGAUGUUGCAACUGAGAAUGAAUUCGAGAAGAGGCUCCUGGCUGAUGUUAUUCCACCUAGUGAUAUUGGUGUAACAUUUGAUGACAUUGGAGCUCUUGAAAAUGUCAAGGAUACAUUGAAGGAGCUGGUGAUGCUUCCUUUGCAGAGGCCUGAGCUGUUCUGCAAGGGGCAACUGACAAAGCCUUGCAAGGGCAUUCUUUUAUUUGGUCCCCCUGGAACAGGGAAGACGAUGCUCGCAAAAGCUGUUGCCACUGAAGCUGGUGCCAACUUCAUCAAUAUUUCAAUGUCUAGCAUCACAUCUAAGUGGUUUGGUGAGGGUGAGAAGUAUGUAAAAGCUGUCUUCUCAUUAGCAAGUAAAAUUGCUCCUAGUGUUGUAUUUGUUGAUGAGGUUGAUAGCAUGCUGGGCCGGAGAGAAAACCCUGGAGAACAUGAGGCCAUGCGUAAGAUGAAAAAUGAAUUUAUGGUGAAUUGGGAUGGGUUACGCACGAAAGAUAAGGAACGCGUUUUGGUGCUUGCUGCCACAAAUAGGCCUUUUGACCUUGAUGAGGCUGUUAUUAGAAGGCUUCCUCGCAGAUUGAUGGUAAAUUUGCCAGAUGCUCCAAAUAGAGCAAAGAUUGUAAAAGUGAUACUGGCGAAGGAAGACUUGUCUCCAGAUUUUGAUCUGGAUGCAAUUGCAAGUAUGACAGAUGGCUAUUCUGGAAGUGACCUCAAGAAUCUCUGUGUAACUGCCGCACACUGUCCAAUUAGAGAGAUUUUGGAGAAGGAAAAGAAGGAGCGCACUGCAGCUCUGGCAGAAGGCAAAGCCCCUCCCACCCUGAGUGUGAGUGCUGACAUUCGGCCUUUGAACUUGGAGGAUUUCAGAUAUGCGCAUGAACAGGUCUGUGCAAGUGUGUCAUCAGAGUCUGCGAACAUGAGCGAGCUGCUACAGUGGAAUGAACUCUAUGGAGAAGGGGGCUCAAGAAGGAAAAGGGCUCUCAGCUACUUCAUGUGAAAGCAUAAAAAAUGUACAAAGGUUCUUUAUUUGUUCUUUUUCGAUUCUAUACCAUCAAGCACAAAGUCAUGUGUUGUUGAUGCUCUCUCAAGGCUGCUGUGCUGACCCAGCGGGUUGAUGGAUUGGGGUUGGGGUUAGGGUGGAUUGUGGUCAGCUGGACCAAGCUUAACAGGGGGCAUGUUUUGUAUAAUAUGAAUUAUAACUCAAUUAGAUAUAAAUUUAAUGCAUAGAUAGCAUCAAUUUAAGUUAAA